AUGGGGCAAGCGGAGGAGCUGAUCCGAAUAGGCAGAAAGCUGGAUAAGAUGGUGUCCAGGAAGAACAUGGUAAGAGAAACGGUGCGCGUGUUGUGUUUUCGCUUUGCUUGUGUGCUUUCUGUUUUAACUCUGCUUGAAUUCGCAGGAGUCUGUCGCUGGCACUGGGAGGUCCCUUUCGGGUUUCAAGAAACAGUUGCUUUUAAUGUGGUUUCCUGUGGUUUUCUCACUGAUCAGCAAACUUUCUGCAAAACCCUCAGAAUCGAAGGAGGUGCAACUGCAGCUCCCAACAGUUGCGGGGCGGGGAAAUCAGGUUUUUUAAAAAAACACCUCGCAGGGUUUGCGUUACAGCUGAGAAUCGUUGUGCUCUUUAGGUGACCCGAGACAAGCAAAAAUAUAUUAUUUCUUAUGUUUGCUUUGCUUAAAAGCCAGGUUCACACCCCCACCCCACCCCAAAAUCUGGGGAGUAGUUUUGUUUUCUCUCUUUUCCCCACCUCAACCAUAUUUGUGAGAGCUUCAGUUUUCUUUCAGGGACAGUGUCCCCCCCCCCUUGCUCCUGCAGAUCUCCAAGUGGCCAGUCCCUAAGAGGAUUUGGAGAGAAGGUAUGUAGACAACAGGUGUUUGGCAGGAGUCUGGCAAUGUAAAUUUAAUCUUUGCCUGGUGUCUUGCUGAAGGAAUGGCAGCAGAGAAGUAAAAAUAAUGUAUGUCCUGCAGGGACUGGGGAGGAAAAGAGGACCCCCAGCAUUGCCUUCCUCCAUCCAGCUACAUGGGAAGAUGCAUGUGUGUGUGCGCGCAACCACAGUUUAAAGGCUGAGAAAUAAAGUUACAUGCCACUCCAAUCUGCAAGCAGUGAGAGACUCCAGGAGUUUCAGGGUUUGGUUUCCUUAGAAUCAUAGAGUUGGAAGGAAGCAACUUUUAUUUUAUAUACUGUGAUCUUUUUAUGUGAACUGCUCUGAGACCUCCGGGUAUAGGGCGGUAUAUAAAUUCUAAUAAUAAUAAUAAUAAUACAAUGCAUGAAUAUACAGCUGUCGUUUAUGGGGUGUGGAUCAAACCUGUGACCUUGGUGUUAUCAGCCCCACACUCUAACCAGCUAAGCUAUCUUUGGAAUGAAGGUCAGUAGAGAUGGUGGUUCCUUUGGGACAUAUGGUUUUAUUUGCACAUAUAUGCAACCUGAGCAUAAGAUAGAGGGGCUCAUGACAUUAGCACCCCGGCAAAUUUUACUUAAGAAUAAGAUUGCUUUGAAUCCAGGGCAUCCUAAACAUCCUUCUAUGUCUCCAGCUUGCUUCCAGCUCACUCAAACUACACUGGCUGUGGUGGUGGGGAAAGGCCCAAUGAUUUGUUCCAUGGCACAGAGCAACUUCUUUGCUUAUGCUAAUUGUGGUGCUUAAUUCGCCAGCCGAAGCCAUUACCAAGAGGAAGGGGCUGCUUUGACAAGCUUGCUCAUGGGCAUUACACAGACACAGAAUCCCAAGGAUUGGAAGGGAUUCCGGGCAUCAUCAAACUCAUAACAAUUUAUUAGUACAAUUGCAAAUGCAAUUGGGGGGUUUAUGUGCUAUGUUGUACCGUACCGGGCAGAUGCUUCACCUGUGAUGGACAUAGGGUUAUGUCUUUAAUAGUAACAUUUGAUUAGGUUAUCUGUAUUUUGUAAGUGAGCUCCUGUUGUUCAGUCCCAGCUCCUGCCCACCUAGCAGUUUGAAAGCAUGUCAAGUGCAAGUAGAUAAAUAGGUACCACUCUGGCGGGAAGGUAAACAGCGUUUCCGUGCGCUGCUCUGGUUAGCCAGAAGCGGCUUAGUCAUGCUGGCCACAAGACCCGGAAGCUGUCUGCAGACAAACACUGUCUGCAGACAAACGCCUAUAGAGCGAGAUGAGUGUGCAACCCCAGAGUCGUCCACGACUGGUCAGGGGUACAUUUACCUAAUUUUGUAAGUCAUUUUGAGACAUUCUGGGUCCAUUCACAUAACCGCUUACUUGAAACCCAGCUGCUGUCUCGCUGAUAGUUUCUGAAGCCGCAUUCAUAGACACAAUCCAUAUUGACCCUGUUGCUUCUUGACAAAUGUUGCUUGAUUUGUAAACCCCUCCCCCUUGCCCAAAUCAGCUUCAGUGCAACUAGAAAACCUACGCUGAAUUCACUUUAUUCUUAAGAACAGCGUGUACAGUUAAGAUGGCUGUUGCCCAUGCGCAGAUGAGAGCACAUGCAAAAAUGAGUGUGCAUGCGCAGAUGAUAGCAUCAUGAAUAGAAGUUCCAUGUUGCAGGGGUGGGGAAAGGAAGAAGGUCUUGUGCAUUGGGUGAAGACACACACACACCCCGAUGUGGGUGGGGAGAGAAAGUUUCUGUAUGUUAAGCUGCUAAUGUAAAUGCUAUGUACUCAGAAACUUCGAAUCUUAGAGUUGGGACCCCGAGAAUCAUCUAGUCCAAGCUCUGCUUAAAAACCUCCAAGGAAGGACUUGUUCUGUUUGGUGGGAGAUGCAAACUUUCCCAUUUCACCUGACUCUUCAAGGCACAUCUAUGGAGUUGAAAAGCUAGACAACCUCACCGUCAAUGCUUGUUUACUCUGCCAUGUGUGGCAAUCGCGCCUUGGCUUCUGGAGCUGGGUGUGUUAGUCAACCUGAUUGUUGCAUUUUCCUUUUUAAUGAUUGGGUCGCUCACAUGCAAGAAGGGAAUCGAACUGAGUGCUAACUUUGUUUUAAAAAGCACCCCUAAUGGGUAAAAUAGGGAUCUAAAGGGGGGGGGCUAGAAAAUGGGGGAUGUGCUUGGUGGAUUAGGGACAACUAGAGGACAUGUUCUUGCUGAGGAGUUUAGGACCCCGCCCAGCAAAAUGAGCAGGAGGGUCCCUGAAUGUGACAGGGCUGGUUUACCACUGUGGGUGGGGAGCCUCAGAGCUGGGGGUGCCCUCUGCCUGGCUCUUGCUGGCUCUCCUCUCCCCAGAGAGGGUCACGUCCCCAGGGUCAUGUCCUCUCUCCCCAGACCUCACCCCUCAUCAGCCUUGUUGAGCGUUUUUGCCUGGCUGGGAUGCUGAUAGUGCCUGCUCCUUGCCUGGAUGGAGGAUAUUUGGACUCCAUGGAAUUUGGCCCUUGGAAUUUGGACCCCAGGCCACCUCCCUCGCCCAUCCUUCUGCACACCUGUGUGUUUGCCCUGUGAGAUGUGUCCUUGAACUCCAAUCAAGUCUCUUGCUUGUCUGCACAGAGGACAAAGAAGAGUGUGUGUUCAAAGGAAGCUAGCCCCCUUGUAUAAAGGCAAAAUUUGCAUUUGUUACCCCACCCACUUUUGCCACUGGCCCCACCCAUCCUUGGCAGGUCCCUUUGGAAGGCUGCCCAGGAGGGAAUGCAGCCCUUGGGCUCAGCCCUAUAACACCAUAUAUGCCCAGAGUGGAGAGAACACAAGUCCACACAGUGCAAAAUUCUUGAUAAGUGCACAGCUGUCCUUGCAUUAUCUACCUGUGGACAGGUUCUGUUUCAUUUACUCGAGAAUGGACACAUUCUUUUUUUAAAAAAAUUGUAUUUAUAUCCCACCUUUCCCCCCAUGGAGCUCAAGGUAGCAUAAGUAAUUCUCCCCUUCUUCCAUUAUUCUCCACAAGAGCCCUGUGAGGUAGGUUAGGCUGAGGUUCCAGGCCACCCACCCAGUGAGCUUUAUGACUGAGUGGGGAUUUGAACCCUGGUCUCCCAGGUCCUAGUCCGGCACUCGAACCACUACACCACAAUAGAGUUGGUGUAGGUCAGUGGAUGUUUUGCCAUUCUUAUUUCACUUGAGCGGUCUGAGGAUUUUGUCCUUUGGCUCCCCGGCAAUACUCAGCAGAAGGUGAACUACGGAGCAAGAUUUGCACCUUGAGUUGAAGUUAAUGUUUGACUUCCCUUGCAAACUUUGCUCUGGUAUGCAAUGACUGUAAAUAACUCCUCCCUACCCUCCUCUGCCAGAUCGCCUUCAACACCCACCCCUCCAAAGAGUUAAGGCCAAUAUUUGAAGGUUCUGCUGCAACCACUGUAAUUUUGCAGAUCAUGCUGGCAUGGGCGGGGGGGGAAGGCUUUCCUGUUUUAGGGAGACUCUGACCUGGGAAGGGAGCAUGAAGAAACACAGGAAUCUGCCCUAUACUGUGUCAGACCCAUUGGUCCAUCUAGCUCAGUAUUGUCUACACUGACUGGCAGCAGCUCUCCAUCUGGAGCCUUGACAUCUGGAGGGAGGGGGUGUGGCUUAGGGAGAGACCCAAGGGCCAGUUUGAGAAGCUAGGUGGGCCACAUUUGGCCCUCAGGCCUGAGAUUCCCCACCCUUGCCUUAGGGACUAGAAACCUGAGCACCCCCACAACCAGAAGUAUUAAGGGUACAUUCACCCCUGUUCUAACUAUGCAGGGAUUGAGGAGUUUACUGAUGUCUUCUGUUCCCUGUAUAGAAGUGUCAACAGCAGAGAGAGGCACCUCUUUGUCAAUAAUAAUAAUAAUAAUUUAUACCCCGCCCAUCUGGUUGGGUUUCCCCAGUUGCUCUGGGCAGCUCCCAACAGAAUAUCAAAAAUACAAUAAAACAUCAAAUAUUAAAAACUUACCUAAUAGACGGGUGCAGAAAUCAGAAGCUCUGCAGUGUAAAAUGUUUGCAAUGUGUAUGUUUGUGACAUCAUCUUGGAGAGCAAUGGAAAUAAAUUGGUGACUCCCUCACCCACCAUCACCUGCAAGAGAGUUUUUGUUUUCCCAAAGGUGAGAGAUCCCAUUGGAAGUCCCAUCUGCUGCCUGCUUGGGCUGCUGCGGCCCAUUGCAGAAGUUAUUUGAGACGCAGACAGACGUUCUGUUGACAAGGAAACAACAUUUGACUUUUGCAAUGUCAGGUUUUCGCAAAGAUCCCUGAAACUUUCCCCUGAAAUGAAUUUCCAGAUAAGGGUCUGCCUGCUGGUGGGGGGGACAGGGACAUGUUGCCCCAUGUUCUUGCAAAUGGUACGUGUUGGCCACAGAAACCUCCAGCCCUAAUAAUUAUUUAAUAAUAAUUAUUUCUACCCUGCCCAUCUGGCUGGGGUUCAUUCAUUGCAAUGUGCCAAAUUCAAGCUUGGGCUGUGCCACUGGAAACCUGCCACCUAGAGUUGAUUUGUAGUGGCAUGCCAAAAUAUGCAUAAGUUGAAAGGUGGGCAGCACUGUCGUGAUGCAUCCUGGGAGUCAUUGCAGUCUGGCUCCGUCGCAAGCACUGGCUGGUUGUCUGUGACUCCCUUUUUACAACCACAGUAAGACACCAAAUUGGUAGGGUCUCAAGCAGCGUCAGGAGUGAGCCAGCAAUAUCAUCAGAUCAUCAUCUGAAGCCCAUCUUCAUGUCCGGAAUGUGGCAACACGAGAACGGGCCUUUUCUGUGCUGGCUCCCCAAUUGAAGAAUGCUCUCUCCAGGGAAGUUCACCUUCGUUCCAUAUCUUUAGGCACCAGGCAAAAACAUUCAUUUUCUCCCAGUGGCAAGAAGAGCAAGAGCAGCUCUAAGGGGCUCUGGUGGUUCGCUGUGGGCCUUCUGCUUGUGCCAUGAACCUUAGAGUGUGCCUGUUGCCUCCUGGCUCCACCCUUAGUGACCACUGAGGGAAUCCUGCCUGAAGGUUAUCCCUUGAAGCAGGUAUGGGGGGCCCUUUUCAAUUCUAGAGCACCACCUCCCCUUCUGGACCAUCUUUCUGGUACCAGCAAUCAGCAGUGAGCAGGGGUAAAAGUGGGUGGAAUGGAACAAAUGCUCAUUGGCUGACAUGCCCUUCUCUGUCCUCCAUCCAGGCAAGCCGAAAGCACAAUCGGAGUUCAAGGAUGUGUUCUAGCCAGGAAACUCCCAAGGGCCAGAUACAACGGUCUUGGAGGGCUGCAUCUGGCCCCUGGGUCUGAGGUUCCCCACCCGUGCCUCAAGAGAUUGCCACUGACCAUUUCUACAACAGGCAUAAUGCAGGAGACAAGGAGAACAUAUUUUAAGGCUUUUUAAUAUUCCCUGUGUGUGUUUGUUUCCCCCCUUCUUAGGAAGGAGCUCUCGACCUACUGAAGAAACUGAACAGUUGCACAAUGACGAUCCAGCUGCUGCAGGUAUUUGAAUUCCGGGGCAUAAAUACUUUGGGCCAACGAGGUGCUCUCUAGACAUUUGCCUCAUCUCAAAAAGGGUGUUGGGGGAAGUUCAGAAAAAGCCAACCAAGAUGAUUGGGGGGUGGAGCAGCCCCGCCUCAGGGAAAGGGUCCAGCGUUUGGAACUCUUUAGUUUAGAGAAAAGGUGAGGAAAAAGGUGGCAUGGUAGAUGUUUCUAACGUAAUUCAUGGCCUUGAGAAAGUGGAUGGGGGAAAGUCAUUUCCUCCUCUCUCAUAACUUGCAUUGACAUCCCAUGAAACUUGAAUGUUAGAGGAUUUGGGACAGAUAACAAGAAAGUAUUUCUUCGUGUGGUGCAUAGUUAAGCUGUGGGCGUCAUGCCCAGAAGAGGCAGUGAUGGCCACAAAACUGGAUGACUUUGAAAGAGGAUUGUGUGGCAAGUUCUCGCCCCCCCCAGUGGAAAUAAUGACACAUGACACAAUUAUUAAGGUUAAUGGGCUAAAUAAGGCCACAACUUUAUUGGUUACAGGUGAUGAGCAGUAUUGGCGUAGGCAUUGGUCCUAGCCGACUAUAUCCGACUUCAGCCCAUCUGCUUGAAGUCCAGGAAGGGUUAACCACCAGUAGGGGGAGUCCUGCGGAUGCACAUCAACUAGGAACUCCCCUGGGGUCACCGAUAGGGGGCAUGCCUUAGGCCCUCACCUCCCCAGGUUUUGGACAGGGCCACACCCCCCAGAAUCCUUUAUUGGACUACCUUUCAGUAUGUGGGGCAGGUGAUGGCGCUACCUCCCCUCUUCCAUCUACAGAACUAUACCAAUGCCUAACUGCCAAUACCAAGAAAGUUGUGACGAUUUGCUAUGAGGUAGGCAAAAACCAAGUGGCUGGUGCCAAUUUGCCAAGUGGAAAAAUUCCUACCAGGCCCCUCAAUGGCGACCAACCAAGGUCCAUAGCAAGGUCAAGGAAUGAAAACCUUAUAGGGCGGGUGGAUGGGAAAAGCAGGAACUGCGUCCUGCUUUAAAUAAGGCAGGCCACACCCCCAGAGCCUUCCAAUUGGCUGGCCAGGAGGUGUCGCGGCCAGGAAUCCCCCCAAUCACGCGCAGAGUGUGUGUGUGAAGCCCGCAACCCCAUCUCCUCCUUAGGUCAGAAGUGGCUUGGGACAAGUUCAUGGAGGAUGAAUGAGGCUACUAGCCAUGAUGCCUACGCUCUGUCUCCAUGGUCGGAGGCAGUUAUGCUUCUGAAUACCAGCUGCUGGAAACCACAGUGGGAGAGAGUGGGUUGGCUGCUGUGAGAACAGGAUACUGGACUAGAUGCAUCAUUGGCCUGACCCAACAGGCUUUCCUUAUGUUUGCUGGAGCACAACUCCCAUCACCCCUGUCACGCUGGCUGCUGCUGAUGGGAACUGUAGUCCAACAACAUCUGGAGGUCACCGCUUUGGCUUUGCAAGGUCAGCUCUGCCUGACCUGGGCCCCUGAAUCCUCCAGCUGUUCCCUGGUCCCUUUUAAGUUGGAGACAUGAAGGAUUAAACCAGGGACAUUCCACAUGCAAAGCGUUUGCUCUGUCCCUGAGAGCUCUUGCUUAAACGGCUGCUGAUCCCUCUUCUCUGUCUCUCAGACCACAAGAAUUGGCGUGGCUGUCAACACAAUCCGCAAACACUGUGCUGAUGAGGAGGUGGUAACUCUGGCGAAAAUCCUCAUCAAGAACUGGAAGAGGUUGUUGGGUAAGAUUGCUUUGUUGUGGGUGGCAAAAAAAUGCCAGCAGGUUCUCUGAGUAUCACCAUUAGAAAGCUGCUUAGACUUCAAGAAAACAGCAUUAACUGAGGGUGUUGAGAUUUGUGAGGCCUUGUGCCCCAAGGGAGAGGGGCCUGUAGAGCAACGACAGGGGAUGUCUGGCCCUCAAGGUGUAGCUGAACUACAACUCCCAUCACCCCUGACUCUUGGCCAUGCUAGCUUUGGAUGAUAGGGUGAUUCUGGGUCAGAGAGACAAGAAAAUGAGAGCCCCGGCACUUCCAUAUUGAGACAUUGGGGACUAGUAGGAUGCAGAGCAUACAUAGCUGGGGUGACUAUCAGCUGGUGCCGUGUACGUGUUGCACAUCAUACAGGUGAUGGAGUGAGAGUGAGGCCCAGGCAGGUAAGUGUGCCUGUUGCCUCUCUCCAACACCGUCUGUGCAUAUGCAGCCGCCCUCAAAUAGACAACCAAAUAGCACCAGUGGGGCUGUGGUUUGCCCUUUUGACCAUGUAUGUUUCUUCCAGGGAAGCAAAAUUGGAACUAAGAGCUUCUCUCAUAAUCAGUAACUAACCAGGUGCUGCUUUUACAAACUCUCACAGAGAUGGUAUGACACACCAGUGGCGUUUGGUUGGUUAAAUGUGUACAGGAGUGUUCACUGACGACUCAAUAGCAUAGCAUUUUCUCAUGCAACUACAGUAAUAACAGCUAUUGGAGAGUGUGGAAAUAUGUGCCAUAUUCUUGUAGGAGUUAAUAGUCCUGACAGUUACUGCUGGAAAUACUAGCGGAAGAUAGUUGUUCAUCCCACACUUUGUUUUGGAGAGAUAGCACACUUUGUUUUGGAGAGAUAGGUUUCUUUUUCUUUUAUUUGGCCGGUUUAUUCCGACCUGAAAAGACUGGUUGCAAAGGAAUUCGUUUGUAUUUUAAAGUGUGGCUUGCUUUCAGAAUCUGAGGGCCCAAAAAGGGAUCUAGGUUUUUAAAGAAAACAAACAAACAGAACACCCCAUUGUAACAACAGACACACUGAUCCCAGCUUCUCACUGUGCAAUUCAUGUUAUUAAGUGUUGUUUCUUUCAAAACAAACAAAGGAAGAGUGCUGCUGGAUCAGGCAAAAGGCCCAUCUAGUCCAGCAUCCUGUUCUUGCCACUUGCGAUUCCUGGACACUGGAAUAACAACAACAACAACAAUUAUUAUUUAUUUAUUAUACCCUGCCCAUCUGGCUGGGUUUCCCCAGCCACUCCAGGCAGCUCCCAACAAAAUAUUAAAAACACAAUAAAACAUCAAACAUUAAAAACAUCCCUAAACAGAGCUGCCUUCAGAUGUCUUCUAAAAGUCAGGUAGUUGUUUAUUUCCUUGACAUCUGAUGGGAGGGCGUUCCACAGGGCUGGUGCCACUACUGAGAAGGCCCUCUGCCUGGUUCCCUGUAACUUCGCUUCUCACAGUGAGGGAGCCACCAGAAGGCCCUCAGCGCUGGACCUUAGUGUCUGGGCAGACCGAUGGGGGUGGAGACGCUCCUUCAGGUAUACUGGGCCGAGGCCAGUAGGUAUGCAUUAAAAUUUGAACUGAACUAAAUUUUGUUCCCCAUCUAGAUUAGGCUAGGGAUGGCUGUGAUUCAGUUUGUGCUUUGUUUCAGAAAGUACAAAACCAGUAAGUUUGGCUUUAUAUGCGUGCUGAAUCAACCCCCCCCCCAAUCCCUACUCUCUUGUAAACACACGCCAACACUUUGAUUUGUGCUUGGAAACGUACUGGGAGCCAAUGUAGGUCUUUCAGGACUGGUGUUAUAUGGUCCCAGCGGCCGCUCCCAGUUACCAGUUUCGCUGCCGCAUUUUGGAUUAGUUGUAGUUUACUGGUCACCUUCAAAGGUAGCCCCACGUAGAAUGCAUUGUAGUAGUCCAAGUGGUAUACAGAGGUAUACUGCCUCCAAUGGUGGAAAGCAUCAUUGAUGAUUUACAAGUCCUGUCUUACCAAGCAGAACAACAAGGCAGACUGAUAUAAGCAUGCAAGGAGUUGAACAUGAUUGUUAUUGUUGUUUUAAAGGAAAUUAUAGCUAUGGGGCAGAUCUGGAUCACAGCAGGGAGCUUGUUGUUGUUGUUGUUGUUGUUGUUGUUUCUUCUUCUUCUUCUACUACUACUGCUACUAUUAUAAAAACCAUUUGCCCUCGUUGUGGUUCUGAUCAAAAUCCCCAGCCCCAGCUGUGACUGCUGUUGACUUUUUAAAAAUCAUGUAAUUAUUAACUUUAGUUAUCAGCAUCUCUGCCUUGGUGUGUGCUGUUAGGGGUUUGGUGGAGCUUAGUUGCAACUGCUUCAAUGUAAAAAUCCACAACUCCUCAAGUCCUGUGGAAUUAUUACCAUUUCAAAAACAUUGCCACCCUCCAGUUUGCAAGCAUACUUCCCCAUUCAUGGGGACUUGGAACUUUUUUUUUUUUUGUGGUCUUGUAGUAAGGUUAAAGCUUACUGGGAAAUGAUAUAUAACAAAUUGAAAAAGAUGUUUAAAAUAACAUUUGUAAAAAAAAUAACCCCAGAAGCUUUCCUUUUGGGAAUUAUAGGGGUAAAAGGUAAAGGGUAAAGGGACCCAUGACCAUUAGGUCCAGUCGUGGCCAACUCUGGGGUUGCGGUGCUCAUCUCGCUUUAUUGGCCGAGGGAGCCGGCGUACAGCUUCCGGGUCAUGUGGCAAGCAUGACUAAGCCGCUUCUGGCGAACCAGAGCAGCGCACGGAAACGCCGUUUACCUUCCUGCCAGAGUGGUACCUAUUUAUCUACUUGCACUUUGAUGUGCUUUCGAACUGCUAGGUUGGCAGGAGCUGGGACUGAGCAACGGGAGCUCACCCCGUCACGGGGAUUCGAACCGCCGACCUUCUGAUCGGCAAGUCCUAGGCUCUGUGGUUUAACCCACAGCGCCACCCGCGUCCCUAAUAGUCCCCUAUAGGGGUAGAACUACCUAAACAGUAUAGAAAUUUAUUCAUGUAUGCGACUACCGCAGCAAGAAUAUUAUUUGCCCAAAAAUGGAAAGAAGAAGUCAUCCCGACAAAAGAAGAAUGGAUACAAAAACUUAUGGAAUAUGUAGAAAUGGCAAAACUUACUGGAAAAAGAAAAAAAUCAAGAUAACAAACUUUUUAUAAAAGAAUGAAAAUAGUUUAUUGAAUAUUUACAAACACGCUGUAAGAUAAGAACAUUGGCAGGAUUAUUGUAAUAACCUGAAGUUUCAUAAGAGCAUAUAUUUAAAGCAGGUGAAUAAAAAAAUAAGUUAAUUUGGAAUAUGCAGGAAAUGUAAGAAAUAGUUUAAGGAACCGCAGAAAGAGGAGGAAGGAAGUCAAUUUUGAAACGUUAGAAUGAUUGUAAAACUAUUGAAAUGUAUAUAACUGAAAAUCAUAAUUAUUUUUUUAAAAAAAUGAAAGUUUUUUAAAUUAAAAUUUGAGAUGCUCACAAAGCAAGUAGAAGUGUGAAGGUGCUAGAAAAAUAUCAUAGGGCUUACUGUAUAUGAAACUACUAACGAAACUAGAAAAUAUAGAAGACUUUACAAUAUUUGAUUGUACCUGGAUAUCCCAUUUUCUCUCUUUUAGAGUCGGGGACGGAGAAGAGUAAAAAGGAGAAGGAGAGAGACAAAGGGAUUGAUAGCCCUGGCUGGAAAACCGAAGACACUAUUUCCCACCCUGUGAAUCUCUGCAAAAGUUCUGGUGGAAAACAAAAAGACCGGUAUUCACAUGUUAGGGCCAUUCGCAGCUUUUAGUGCAAGGAGGUGCAAAUGUUGGUUUGAAUCAGGUCCAGUUGUCUUCUCUCGUAAAAGUGAUUCUGUUGCAGAUAUCACAUUUUCUGAGUUGACAAAUAUUGUUAGUGGUAAAAUUGCUAUCUCUCCCCCCCCCCCCCAGUUAGCAGGAAACCAGAGGAAAGGGAGAAGAAGGCACUGGAUGCAGGAAAAACAACAGAAAGAACAAAUUCUCAAAGUACCAAAAAUGUUACAUAAUUCGCAGUGCGUUAACAGAAUUAAGAAAUUUCUUCACCAGGAGCAACACUUCUUACCACCACAUCUAACUACUUGCAAAGAUAUACCUCUGUGGCCUUCUCCUUUGCUACUAGAAUUUAGCCAAAUUUUUAACGUAUAUAUGAUAUAAUUUGCUCUACGCUACCCUUAGAUUCUUUUGAGAUGGAGGGCAGUCUAGAACCAUAUAUAUUGAUGAUGAUGAGCAGCAGUAACAACAAUAGCACAAUAUUAUUAUGCCUAAGAGUGACUUUUUGCACCUGUGGCUGGUGUGUAUUAGGGAAAAUUGCUUUGCAAAAAUGUCUAUACAGUCGUACCUUGGUUUUCAAAAAGCUUAGUUCUCAAACAUUUUGGCUCCCUAAUGCUGCAAACCUGGAAGUGACUGUUCCAGUUUGUGAACUGUUUUUGGAAGCUGAACGUCCAACGGGGCUUCCGAUUGGCUGCAGGAGCUUCCUGCAGCCACUUAGAAGCCGUGCUUUGGUUUCCGAACGUUUUGGAAGUCGAACGGACUUCCGGAACGGAUUCUGUUCGACUUCCAAGGUACGACUGUAUUUGGAUGAAUCUGUUGAUGAAAUUUUGGGAUGCCACAGGCUGAUGUGGAAAUGUGGAGAACUGAGUUUAAGACUGGAAAAUGAGAAACUGAAAUGGACAGGUUUCCCCCAUCCCUACUCAAGAAAUUUAAGUUUUAGAUGAGUCUACAGGGUGGGAGGCUUAACCAUAAUGAAAUCACUUAUUUGUCAACCCUAACUAUUUUUGAACGGGAUACCCUUGAAGGGCGACCGUAGGGACAUUUAAUUGGGCCUAAGCAUAUGCAAAAGCUCCUGCCCAAUUUCUAGGGUGUUUCUUGUUUUAACCUAAGAGACGGCAUCUUGUUAAGCAGGCCCUCCCUUUGCCAUGGUGUUCUCUGCUUGUGCUUGGAAAAAUGCCCAUCUUGGCUGCCAGGCCCUGUUUAGUUUCACUUUCCACUUCAGCGCCUGUAACAGCAACUAUAUCGCUUAUUCUGUGUCAUUUGCAAAAUGGUGGGGUGAGCCAGGAUUGUCCCUGGACCUUGUUAACCACCGUUUGACAGAUGGCGGAGCUGCUCUGCGCUGAUAGAUUUGGGGAAUGCUCUGAGCUCCGUUAAACAAAGAGAGCUUCCAGUGUUCUUGCUGCUACCCAGUUUGCUGCAUGUGAUGAGCAUCAGAUAAGUAAAGCUUUGUUUUACAAUUGUCUUAUGGCCAGCAACCAGGUGGCAUAGAAAAGAUUCAGGGCAUGGAUUCACGGAGCUUUAUUUGCAGGGCUGUUGCUGCCAUGUUGGGAUUCCAGACACGCAUGAAGACUAGGGUGCAUUCUUCUUAUGAGCUGCUCAUUUUAUCAAUUUCCACAGGUGCUGCAAUGUAAUACGAGAAAGGCAUGAGCCGUUUUUUAAAUAUAAGAUGAAGAUUUCUGGCUAGCCACAUGCUUGCGCCUUCCUCCUGCCACAUUGCAAUACUGCUUUUCAUUUAGUGGCAAUGCCAAGGCAACACUAUAUUGCUCUGGGGGUUUCCAUGUUAGGAUGGAAUAACGUGCAUCAUUAGCGCUAUUAAAUAUAAAUCAAAGGGGAAAAUACGCAUGUGGGUCCCAUGCCACAGCUUGGGAGUCAGAGGUGGGUCUGGGGUAUGGACCAGUUGAAAACCACUGUGCCAGUGUACAUUUAAUGCACGUUACUGAUAUAAAGUAGGUGCACAUUUAGAAUUCAUAUGUUGCAGAAAGCAAGCCAGCUAAUUUCCCCAUCCAAAUCAACCCAGAUAAAUUCUUCAAUUAUUUUGCACCCUGUUCCAGAUCACCCCAAAUCUGUUCCUCUUCUAUUCAUUUAGACCCAGUUAAUUUCCCCAAAGAGCAUCCUCCAUAUCAGUUCAAUUCCUCUUUCAGUUAUUUCUUUUUUAAAAAAGGCAUUUAUGUACUGAACACACUCUAAGCAGAGGAUAAUCAUACAAAGGAUAAAGCAAUUAAAAUUCCUCAUAAAGCUGAACAUAAACCUUAACACCACCUUAUGUUGCCUGCUGGACUAAGAAAGUCUUUGGCAGGGCUCAGAGUUAUCUACCCUUAUAUUCUAUGAUAACUCCAGGAGGUAAAUUCUGCCAACUGGAGAAGCCACCUCUACUUCCAGCACAGACACUGAAAUGCAUGAUGCUGGAGAUGGCGAACUGAAGAAUGCCAAAUUCAGGCAAUCUAACAUCAUGCUUUGUCUCUAUAUGCAGAGAUCCCAGAAGUGCUUCAGCUACAUCAAAACAAUCCCACUUGGAACCUAAAAAAGAGAGGUACGUGUCCUUAUCUUUCUUCAGUGGAUCUCAUAAUAUUUCAAUUUCCUGGGAAACAUUCUUGCCAGUGGAGACUGAUCCCUUAGGGCAAGGGGCUCACUGCCCCACCUCCCGUCUGCCAUCAGCCAGCCCCACCUGCCUGCAUUCUUACCUGUGACCAGUCCAGGGGGUGGCACUGCCUAUCGGCUUCUUCUUCCUUCUCCUCCUUGGUCCCAUUGUUACCCUUGCAGUACUCGGCAAGGAGGAGGAUGGGAACAAAACUAGACUUGGUUGGCUCUGCCUAUCCUAGGCUCUGGCUCCAUCUACUUUUUGAACUCCCUACAUCCCACCCUGGGACGCGGGUGGCACUGUGGGUUAAACCACAGAGGCUAGGGCUUGCUGAUCGGAAGUUCGGCAGUUCGAAUCCCUAUGACGGGGUGAGCGCCCGUUGCUCGGUCCCAGCUCCUGCCCACCUAGCAGUUCGAAAGCACGCUGUGCAAGUAGAUAAAUAGGUCCCACUCUGGCGGGAAGGUAAAUGAUGUUUCCGUGCGCUGCUCUGGUUCGCCAGAAGCGGCUUAGUCACGCUGGCCACAUGACCCGGAAGCUGUACGCCGGCUCCCUCGGCCAAUAAAGCAAGAUGAGCGCCGCAACCACAGAGUCGGUCACGACUGGACCUAACGGUCAGGGGUCCCUUUACCUUUACCUUUACAUCCUACCCCACCAGUUCCAAUGGCCACAAAGUCCAGGCAUCCAUUUCCCAUGUUAAUGUUGGGGGGGUGGAGAUUGCAUAACUCGGCAAUAGGACACGUGCUUUACCUGCAGGAAGCUCCAGGUCCAAUCCCUAGCACCUCCAGUUUAACAAUCAGGUAGGAGAUGAUGGGAAAUAAUCCAUCUGAGACCCUGCCGGUCAGAGUGGACAACAGCAGGCUAGAUGGACAACAUAGUCCAAUCUGGUCUAAGGCAGUUAGCAUGUGUUCCAAGCUAACAGUCUGGCAAUUAAUAGCUCUUUUUUUGCACUUUGUACCCUUUCUCCCCCCAAAAAGAAGAGACUCUGAAGACUCGAGAUCUUCCACCUCCACUGCUGCUUCCUCCUCUUCUCCCAAGAGGCUGUCAGCGGACAGGUAAACUACUUUGUCAGCUUUGCUGAUGCUGCGUGGCUGGCCUUUUACCUGGCGCCAUUGCUAGCUUGGCAAGCGCAGGAGGGCUUUUAUCCCUGUUCUAGUCCAUAGUGUUCAGAGAAAGUGUUUGACUGGUCCCCUGAGAGGAUGGGCGGUUUCCUAGUCUAGUCCUUCCUGGUUCUUUAUUUCAUACAUUACCCUUCAUCUUCCUUGAAACAGUGAGCCAAGAGCUGCGCUAAUAAACAGGGUCCCAUCCGCAGGUUAUGUUUGAAGCACAAGUAUACCGCUUUAACAGUCACGGCUUCCUCAAAGCAUCCUGGGAGCUGUAGUUUAUCCCUCACAGAACUUCAGUUCCAAGCACCUUUAGCAAACUACAGGUCCCAGAAUUCCUUGGUGGAAGUUUCAUGUGGUGCAGUGCUGCUUAGUGCAGAUGGGGCCAUUAAAAAGAACUAAACAUUGUACACUGAGGAUAGCGGCCUGGGGUUAAUGUUAAUAAAAUUUAACUAUACGUGGGAAUUCCCCCACUCCCAUUUCUUUGAGUGUGUUUUGGCAUCUUAUUUGUUGCACCUCUUUGUCUUCCUUACAGGAGGGCCUCCACUGGUUCCAACCCAGCUGCAUCUCCUCCCGGGUCUCGGAAGAAUUCUACCGAUAGCAAAGAGGAGAGGUAUGGCUGGGUAUUUGUGUGUCCUCCCCAAGUGGGGAGGGGGGAGAUGAAACUGGAUGUAAAGAUUCCCCAGUGAGCUUCAUGGCUGAGUAGGGAUUUCAACCCUGGCCUCCCAGAUAAUAGUCCCACGUUCUAACCACAACACAACACUGCCAUGAAUUUGAGCCACAAAAAAACAUUAAGGAGAGGCUGGCUGGAUCAGACCAAUGGUCCAUCUGGUCCAUUAUCAUUUCCCCAACAGCUGUUAAUCAGAUGCCCCUAGGAAGCCAGUUAGUGCUUCUCCGCAAAUGGUAUUUUUGUGGAAUAUUCUGCCCAUAGAGAUCUUCUGUUUCCACCUUUAAACAGCUGUUGAAAACGUUUCUGUUCUGCCAGGCUUAUGUUGGCAAUUAAGAAUAUCUCCCUCCAUAGUAUUUACGUGAUGGUCUCUGAUUUUAAAAUACAGUGGUACCUUGGGUUACAGGCGCUACAGGUUACAGAGGCUUCAGUUAAGAGACUCUGCUAAUCCAGAAAUAGUACCUCAGGUUAAGAACUUUACCUCAGGAUGAGAACAGAAAUCGCGCGGUGGCAGUGCGGAGGCAGCGGGAGGCCCCAUUAGCUAAAGUGGUGCUUCAGGUUAAGAACGGACCUCCAGAACGAAUUAAGUACUUAACCCGAGGUAUCACUGUAUUUUAAUGUGUUUUUAUUAUAUAUGGAUAUAUUGUAUAUGGCUUUGAUAUUUUUUACAAUAUAGUGGUAUAGAUAUUAGAUAUUUGUAUAAAUAAGUAAAAUAAAUAAACCUGAAGGAUGCCUAUAUCCAUCAGGACUAAUAGCCGUUGGUAGCUUCGUCCUCCAUGAAUUUGUCCAAUCUCCUUUUAAAACCACCCUAGUUAGUGGCCAUCUGUUGACAUACCUUGUGGCAGUGAGUUCCAUAAGUUAAUGAUUUACUUUUUUGAAGAAGUGCUUCUUGUCCUUUCUGAAUCUCCCAGUUAGUUUCACUGGCUGGCUCCCCUGUUCUAGCAUUGGUGGGGGACUACGUUAUGGCUAAUGUGCAAUUGCCUUGCAAGCUGAAUUUUGGAGAGAAGACUAGGCUAGUACAAGAAGGAGAUUUUUAAAAAUAAUAAUAAUAGAGAGGAUCAUUUAGUUGUUCAUUUUUGUGUUUUUAUAUUGUAAUUCUCCCUGUGAUCCUUGGAUGAAGAGCAGUAUAGAAAUUUAACCAGUGAAAUGCAAUGUUAUGUAAGCCCCCUACCUCUGGUCUGGAGUGGUCCAGGCUAGACCACAGACGACCUCAGUAAGAACUAGGCUUAAAAGGAGAACCUACCUUAGGUAGGAGGGACGUUCUUCAUGGUGAUAUUUGCCAUCUUCUGCUUUUGCAAAGACCUGUUGUUUUCUGCCCUCUUCAGAUCCCACAGCAAAGCUAGGCCAGAUGUGCCCAAGACCCCAACCAGCCCCAUCACUCCGACCUUUUCAUCUUCUACCUGCUUCUUGGCAUCGUGCUACCUGACAGGAGACUCUGUCCGGGACAAAUGCAUUGAGAUGGUCUCCGCAGCUCUGAAAAUGGAUGGUGAGAGGCCAGUCUAUGCCUCUGUGGCUCAGGAAACUUUCCAGCUGGGAUGGGGAAGCAGAGGGCCUUCAGAUGCUGAGCAGGUCGGGGGCACUUUUUGUUUCCUUCUUAAAAUAUGGCAACCCUAGGUUAGGGAAGCAAUGGGGAAAUGCAGAUGGAAUCCAGAGAGGAAAAUAUGGAUAACGCCUCAUUGAGCAAACUGAACAAAAAACAGUGUGUAAUUCAAGUAGAAAAACAUAACCUCAAGAGAGGUUUUGUCUUUCUUAGUACAGAGGAAGGAGACAUUAACACAUACGCAGAGGAGGAACUCCCUCAGAACUACCAGGGCAUGAGCUGCCUCAGCAAAAGUCCUGCCACUAAUGCUAACAAGAAUUAGCUCCUAAGUUGCACACAGAAUGAUCUCUUCUGUUCCGCUUCUUUUUCUCCUCAGAUGAUUACAAGGAGUUUGGAGUCAAUUGCGACAAGAUGGCAGCUGAAAUUGAAGAUCAUAUCCUUGGAUAGGAUGGGUUCUGUGGGCCAGAACAGUGUUUUGCUAUCACUCACUCCAGGGCUGUUUUUUAGUCUUACCUUCCCUUCUAUAAAAUUGGGAUACUGUUGCUGAUCCCAAGGGUUCUACCUUACAAAUCGGUUUUAUAUCUAUAUAUAUAAUAUGAAUAUGAAGUACUGGAAGCGCUUUGUAAACGGGCUCUAUGCAUAACAGGAUUGCUUCUGGGCUCCAAAACAGAUGAGAUAAUAAUAAUAAUAAUAAUAAUAAUAAUAAUAAUAAUAAUAAUUUUAUUUGUAUCCUGCCCUCCCCAGCAAAAGCCAGGCUCAGAGCAGCUAACAACAAGUAAAAAUAGCACAGUGUACAUAAAUCACACAGUCAGUUAAUUAAAAUACAUUCUAAAAUCAAUUCAGAAUCAACCAUUGGGUUAGAGUUCUAUGAGGAUUACAGAAGGAGAGAGGGGGUCAGACUGUGCCUUGGCCAAAGGCCUGGAGGAACAGCUCCGUCUUGCAGGCCCUGCAGAAAGAUGUCAAGUCCCACAGGGCCCUAGUCUCUUGUGACAGAGUGCUCCACCAGAUCGGGGCCAUGGCCGAAAAAGCCCUGGCUCUGGUCGAGGCCAGCCUAACCUCCCUGUGGCCCAGGAUCUCCAAGAUGUUUUUAUUUGAAGACUGUAAGGUCCUUCGUGGGACAUACCAGGAGAGGCGGUCCCUUAGGUACGAGGGUCCUAGGCCGUAUAGGGCUUUAAAGGUAAAAACCAUGAGAGAUUGGAUCUCGUGAUACACACGCGCAGUGGAGGCUGGCAAUCAGGGUUUGGGGCAGAGAUCUGUUUCAUUGCCUCCUACCUGAAAUCCUUUUCGCUAGCGAUGCUGAGGAUUAAACCCAGGGCCUUCCCCACACAGAGAAUGCACCCUGCCAUCUGAGCUCUGUGACCCAUUUCAUUCUGUGUAUCAUCCUUUUUGCCCUUCUUCCUUGACGCCUCCACAUAUCUACCAGGAGCUGAAGGGCACUGAUAUGAAGUACCGCAACCGCGUGAGGAGCCGCAUUAGCAACCUGAAGGACCCCAAGAAUCCUGGCUUGCGCCGAAACGUGUUGUCCGGAGCCAUUCCGCCCAGCCUCAUUGCCAGGAUGACGGCGGAUGUAAGUAGGGAGGAGAAUAAACAGGCUGGGCUAUAACUUUUUACAUCCAUGGCAGGGAAUCUCUGUCCCACAGGCCUCAUUAGGGGCAUGAGGCCAUUUUGGCCAAGCCUCACCUUCCUUCUGCACACCUGGCAUAUAUGGGAUGUCAGGUGUGAGCAGGUAAAAGAUGUGACUGGGCUGAAAUGGGGGUUUGCAGGGGUGUGAAUUGAUCUGAUUGCCUCUGCAGUCUCCUGUGUGUUGGUCAUUGCUGGCCCUAACAACCAGCUGAUAGUUUGGGCUUGCAAAGCGCUGUGGCCAGUUUAGGACUGGUAGGGCAGAAAGUCUGCUCUAAGUAAGUAAUUAAUUGCAGGAAAUGGCCAGCGAUGAACUGAAGGAGCUGAGGAACGCCAUGACCCAGGAAGCCAUACGAGAGCAUCAGAUGGCGAAGACUGGAGGCACCACAACUGACCUCUUCCAGUGCGGCAAAUGCAAAAAGAAGAACUGUACCUAUAACCAGGUGAGGAGAGGUGGACUAGGCUAUUGGGCAAGACCUAUCAGGCUGGGCACGUAAAAAAACAACAACAAAUCCCUCUGUGCUUCACAAGAGAUCUCUGCAGUCAGCGAGAAAAGGAAUGCUAAUGAUGUUAACUUACACAUUGUACUGUAGAUAUAGUCAAUUUCAGGAACCGCAGAAGAAUCUGAGCAAGAUCUCUGCCCCCCCUCCCCACACACGUGUGUGUGUGUGUUCAGUGUUUUUUUCUGGGGGGACACAUACCCCUAAACAUUUUAUGAAUCUUUGUACUUUUAUCAAUUUACUGUAUUUAUUUUCCCCAAGAUGAACUAUAAAAGAGUGAUUUUUCUUGAGUCAAAAUGAGAGUACAGUGGUACCUCGGGUUAAGUACUUAAUUCGUUCCGGAGGACCAUUCUUAACCUGAAACUGUUCUUAACCUGAAGCACCACUUUAGCUAAUGGGGCCUCCUGCUGCCGCCGUGCCGCCGGAGCCCGAUUUCUGUUCUUAUCCUGAAGCAAAGUUCUUAACCUGAAGCACUAUUUCUGGGUUAGCGGAGUCUGUAACCUGAAGCGUAUGUAACCUGAAGCCUAUGUAACCUGAGGUACCACUGUACCCCUAAACAUUUUCGGGGGGGGGAGCACUGUAUAUGUUUAUGUGGCUAUUGCCAUUUUGGCUAUUGCCUUCAUCUGCUGCUCUGGUAACAAUGAAUGGAUGCUGUAUCCAAGGUGGCAGUUAUAGAGCUUUGAGGAUGGCACACUUAGAAUGGCUUCAUUCAUCAGAGCCAAGCAGUGCUGGUACCAUCCUCCAGGCUGAGGCCAUGUGGUCUUAAGGUGCCUGGUGUGUACACCAUAGUUGUAUGCUAACAUAGCUGGAUCUGUUGGGAUCUCUGCAACUAUUAUUGAUAAGACUGACAGGCUGCGGUUCUCAGAACUGAAAUUAUUUGCUCCACUGUUUUGGUCAGGAUUGCAAAUUUGUGGUUUCUAAAACGUGUGUAGAUGGGUUGUAGUUUUACCCGUGUACUGGAUAUGACACCCCCCCUUUUUUGCACUUGGAUUAUAUUGUACGAUGUGCAGGUGGUGUUCUCUCUCGAGUAUAUCGUCUUUAUAUACCAUUUAAUGCAAAAAAUGGGCUUCCAAGUGGCUUGCAGAUUAUAAAAACCAGUUACACAAACAUAUAAAAAUCCAUCAUUCCCUUUAAAGCAACUUUACAAUUAGAACAGAAGUUUUGGGUUGAGAGAUCAAGGGAAUGUCUGUGUAAACAGAUGCAAUAUAAUAUAGAUUGAUAUAUAGCUAUAGGCAUUCAGUGUGUGUGCCCUGCCAGGCUCUUUGCUCUGUCUUUGGACUAGCAGAAGGGGCAAAAUGCAUAGCGAGCAACUGUGCUUAAUUUAUGUAAUUUAUGCAAGUUGCAGAAUCCCGCUUUCCUUAGGGCAAGAUUGUGGCUUAAAAGCUUGAUGUGCCCAAAUUUGAUAGUGGCAAUGAAAAUGCUGGAAUUUAGUUGUGAGGAUUAAAUUUUGGAAGCUGGGGCCUCUUUGCUACUGGAAUUUGUGCUCCAGUUUGCUCAGAAAGGCAAAACACCCAGCUCACAGCUGACUUUCUCCUUCCAGGUGCAAACACGGAGUGCUGACGAGCCAAUGACGACCUUUGUGCUGUGUAACGAGUGCGGGAACCGCUGGAAGGUAGUAUUCCCACCCCCACCCCACCCCAAAUAAGCUUUUAUCUUUGCACAUUUUUGUGUGUACACAUCAUACCUUAAAAUAGGCAUUCGUUUUACAUUUUGGAAUUCUCUCAAAAUCUGGCUAAAAUGGAAGGAUAACUUCAUUGUGAUCCAUGUAUCGAUUUGGGAAGUUGGAAUGAAGUUCGCUUAAAAUGCAGGCAGAACAAAAUCCCUGAGCAUCACUACUCAUGCCACAAAGGGAAGGGGUGUGUAUGCCUUCCCUUCCUAGCAUACCAGCUUUACCUCUGUUGUCCCUUCAUGUCCAUGCGAGGACAACCCAUUUAGAUAUGGCCCAGGUCCCCUCAAGUUAAAUCCCAGUGCGUGUAGGUCAAAACCUCGCGGCCCAAUUCCUCAACCAAAUCUGGGGAAUGACCAUGUUGGUGCUGGUGGAUUUGUCUUUGUGUGGACACCUGGGGAUGUUGAAGGUGAGGCAGAUGGGGCUUUCCUGCAUGCAAUGUCCCAGAAGAUCCAGCAAUGUUCAGAGAGUGUCCUUUCCCUUUGCAGUUCUGCUGA